AUGACGACGCUCUACCACCUCCACGACCCGGGCAUCAUCGAAAACCUGGAGCAGCGGAGCGACCUGCGGCAGCAGCGGCCCUACACGCGCAUCGCGAACGUUUUGAUCGCCGUGAACCCGCUCCGGCCCGUGCCGGACCCCGACGAGGCCUCGUUCCGGGGCGGCGCGCUCUCCGACGCGCCGCCGCACCCCUGGGCCAUCGCCGAGACGGCCCUGCGGCAGAUGGUGCUCGAGGAGCGCGCGGCGAUCCGGGGCCGCGCGAACCAGUCCGUCGUCAUCUCCGGCGAGUCCGGCGCGGGCAAAACGGAGACGGCGAAGAUCGUGCUCGGCUACCUCUGCCGGCGCGUCGCGUCGGCGUCCUCCGGGCCGUCGGACCUCGACCGACGGUUGCUCGACUCGAACCCCAUCCUCGAGGCCCUGGGCAACGCGCGGACGCUCCGCAACGACAACUCGAGCCGCUUCGGCAAGUUCUUGAAGCUCCAGUUUUCCCGCGCGACCGGCGCCGUCGCCCUCGCCGGGGCGACGGUGGAGACCUACCUCCUCGAGCGGAGCCGCGUCGUCGGCCAGACCGACGGCGAGCGCAACUACCACGCGCUCUACCAA